AUGGAGCUCGGGGUUGACAGGGCCGCGGCGGACCCCGGGCCGGCGACGCUGCACUGGGGGGGCCUCGAGGUGCUGCAUCACACGGUAGGCUCCCUGCUGUCCAACUAUGGCUGGUACAUCCUCCUGGCCGUUGUCGCCAUCUAUCUUCUUAUCCAGAGGAUCUCCCAGAGCCUGGCGAGCAGGCCGAACAGCCAGCCGGGAGCCGCUGACGCAGCUGUAGAACCUGAUGUGGUGGUAAGAAGACAGGAAGCUUUAGCAGCAGCUCGCCUCAGGAUGCAGGAGGAGUUGAAUGCACAAGCAGAAAUAUACAAGGAAAAACAAAGACAGCUUGAAGAGCAGAAGCGAAGGCAGAAGAUAGCCAUGUGGGAAAGUAUGCAAGAAGGCAAAAGCUACAAAGGCAACCUAAGACUGAAUCAGCAAGAAGUAGAAUCUGGUGCCUCUGCCUCAUCAACGGUCCCAAAAUCUAAACCAAACAAAAAGCCCUCGCGAGGAGGUGGUUACAACCCGCUGUCUGGAGAAGGAGGAGGCACUUGUUCCUGGAGACCAGGCCGGCGAGACCCCUCGGCAGGGGGAUGAGGGUAACCGCCCUGGUGUCUCAUGGCACUAGCAGGCUUGAUCCUACCCACUGACUGCCUACAGCUUGCAUGUCACACUGACUCCUUUGGCACUGGGCUUAGUGCAGGUGUCAGCCUGAAACCAGAUUUACAGCAUCUCCAAAUAGUAAUUCAGAAGCUGGUCCUACACAACAAAAAUACCUGAUCCUCUUAGAGAGGAUGAAGAAAGAAACAAUUUCAGCCUAAUCAGUUAAUUUGCCACUCUUCUCUAGAGAGGAAGUGUUAGUCUGCAGCCAAGGUCAAUCACCUGGGAUGGUGAAAUCUGGGCUGUGUGGCUGGAUAGGCAAAUGAAUGGCCUCAGGCUAAUUUAACUACCUAUGCUUGGUAAAAUGAGGAUAUUUACCAACCUCAGACAGGUGUUACCAGAUUUACUGCUUGGCUGGAAGGAGAAGGAGAUUACUGCCUUGAAUUUUAGGUGGAGGGAUCUUCAGAUGAACAGACAAACGCCACAGCUUUGCACAGAAAGCCAGUUACUACAGAAGAGUCUCUGUGACAAGCUACCCUGAAUGAUGUUUUCCUUAUAAAUGGUAACAAACCAGUGAGGAUUACUGAUGCUAGACAGCAGAAGGGGGGGU